AUGUUUCGCGCUCUUUCACAAGGCGUAUGGCGUACGAGGACUGCCCUAAACCCACUAUCAUAUUUUUCAGAUAUCUCAAGGUCGUUUUGCAACACCAAUCUGCAUUCACAAGCUAAACAGCUCGAUGUCACUCCAUUAAAACUGUCAAAUGAGCUAUACGCCACGUUCAGGAUUCACAAUAGACCAUAUUUGGUGACAAAGGGGGACAAAGUCUAUCUUCCAUUUAACCUUAAGCAAGGUGAAAUUGGUGACGUUCUGCAUCUAAAAGAUGUCACCACCAUCGGUUCGAGAAACUUUAAAAUCGUCGAUGAGCCUUUGGAUCCAUCGUUAUUCACUCUAACGGCAACUAUAGUGGAAAAGACUAAGCUUCCUUAUAAGGUCAAGGAAGUUACGAAAAGGAGAAACAGACGGGUUAGACAUGCUAUCAGCAAGCCCUGUUUAACCGUACUACGGAUUUCUGAAUUAAAGAUUAACUGA